ACAAGAAUACCUACUUAACUACCAGAGAGAGGGAGAUGUCUGGUGCCAGCACCAGCCAGGGGGGAUGGCGGCGGCGGCGGCGGCGGCCGGGACCACCAUCCAUGCUGUCACACGUCAUGAUAACUAACCAACCACUAAGUAGUAACGCCCCCAAUAGGUGCGUGCGGUCCCAGGGUGCCUCAUUACCAAAAACAGAAUUCUUCCUGGUUUUUUUUUUUCUUUUAUGCUUUUGUUUGCGUCUAAUCGAGUGAGCAAAUCGACUCGGGAUCAAAUCGCAGCCUUAAAUUUGGUUCCAGCCAGUCGGGACGGAUAAGAUCGGCCGAUCGCACCGCGAUGGAUGACUCAAUUGGGAACACUUGCCAGUACACCUCAGCAACUUAAGU